UUCUCUUCUGGGUUCUUCUUCUGCAUUGAUUCCCAUAUUCUUCUGAGGAGAUAAAAGGACUCCGGCUUUUGAGUCUUUUGAAAGAGAGAGAUGGGUGGCACGGAAGGAGCGACUAAGGAGAGCAAACGAUGUUCAGGAAGUGCUAAUUCGCCUGCUAAUAACAACAACAAAGGUGACGAUGAGAUAGAUGAUUUGUACAUUGAACUAUGGCAUGCAUGUGCGGGCCCCCAUUCUCACGUUCCGCGGCUUGGUGAGAAAGUUUACUACUUUCCUCAAGGUCAUGUUGAACAGGUUCAAGCUUAUGCUAACCAAGAUGGUAAUAUGGAGAUGCCAAUCUACAAUUUGCCAUCUAAAAUCCUCUGCAAGGUUGUUUAUAUUCAGCUGAAGGCUGAAGCUCACACAGAUGAGGUUUAUGCUCAGAUCACUUUGCUUCCACUGACUGAGCAAGAGCUAAGCUUAGAGGAUGAAGAAGUGCUACCUUUUCCUCAGAAAAGCAGUGCAUUCUCUUUCAGCAAGACUCUCACUCCUUCAGACACAAGCACACAUGGUGGAUUCUCUGUUCCUAAACGAUAUGCUGAUAAGUGUUUUCCGCAACUGGACAUGUCGCAGCAACCACCGGUACAAGAACUGGUUGCAAAGGACCUGCAAGGAUUCGAGUGGCACUUUCGUCAUAUAUUUCGCGGUCAGCCAAAGAGGCAUUUGCUUACUAGUGGUUGGAGUACAUUUAUCUCAUCAAAGAAGCUCAUUACUGGGGAUGCUUGCAUCUUUCUUAGAGGAGAAAAUGGAGAACUUCGGGUCGGUGUUCGUCAUGCAAUGAAUAGAAGAAUCCCGAGCAAUACAUCAACGUCUGUUAUCUCCGGACACAGCAUGCAACAUGGUAUACUUGCCAGUGCUUUCCAUGCCAUUUCUACUGGAACCAUCUUUACUGUGUACUACCGUCCCUGGACUAGUCCCGCUCAUUUUAUGAUACCUCGUGAUCAAUACCUGAAGUCAGCUGAUCGUGAACAUUUGGCUGGAACAAGAUUCAGAUUUGAUCUUGAAGGUGAAGAAUGUAUAGAAAAGAGGUUUACAGGUACUGUAGUAGGUGUUGAAGAUCAUGAUCCCAUAAGAUGGCCUAAUUCAGAGUGGAGGUGUCUCAAGGUCAAAUGGGAUGCCAGUUCAAAUAUGUCUUCACUUCCUGACAGGCUUUCUCCUUGGAGCAUCAAGCCAACAGAUUCUACUCACAAUGCUGAUGCUUUUCUCCGAUCCCCACCGAAGAGGGGGCGUGAACUUGAUCUUUCAUCGCCUGGAUUUUCUAGCUUGGCCAGAGAAGGUUUCUUGCUGAGUUCAGUCAAGCGGAUUAUGCCACAAAGACAAAAGGAGGUCUUGCAAGGUCAAGAAAUUAGCAAUGUGCAUGUUCAUGAACCGGGUGCGAAAAUGGCACCAAUGUUGCCACAGUUCAUUAUGCCACCAAAUCCCAACUGGAAGAGCCUCUUGCAAUUGGAAAAUCAUCUCCAGUUUCCAAUGCAAGCCCAAGUUUAUCAGUGUCCCAGGGGUGAAAUUGCAUUUCCUGGUGAGACUAUGGUGCCUUCAAGCCUCACUAACCAGUUGUGCUCAAAGUUUGCUACUUAUAGCAGAAGCUUCUCAGUUUCAAAUGGAAACUCUACCAAUUCUGGGUCUCAGGAAUUUGCUGAGCAGAGGAGCAAUGACGAAGCUCCUCGCCAACCGAAUGGCUGCGGCAAAUACAUGCUUUUCGGUGUCAAUUUGUUCCAUGGUCACCCGGAGCUCCCUUCACCACAAGUUGCUACUUCUAAUGAGCUGUUAAGCUCUUUUUCCCUUCCUCCAACUUCUCAGUCUAGUGUUUCUGAACCACCUGUCCAUGUUUCAGAUUCAUCUAAUAACAAUAGUGUUUUUGGCCUCCUUUCUGAGAAACAAUGCAAGCAAUGUUGCUCAAUCACUAACAGGAGUUGCUCAAAGGUGCUCAAACACGGAACUGCCCUUGGAAGAUCCGUGGACCUCACCAACUUUGGUGGGUAUGAAGAACUCAUCUCCGAGCUCGACGAGAUGUUCGAGUUCAAUGGAAGUCUGAUAGAUGGAAGCAGUGGGUGGAAAGUGACCUACAUGGAUGAUGAAGGAGACUUGAUGUUAGUAGGAGAUUAUGAUUGGCAGAUGUUCAGAUCCGCGGCCAGAAGGAUGUUCAUCUGUCCAAAAGAAGAAAUCAACAAAAUGAAUCCAGGGUCACUCAAGUCCACCAUUUCUCUACUUGAUGAGUGAAAAAUGGUUUCAAUAAAAGUACUCUUUUAAGAACUUGUCAUCUUUUUGUUGAAAACCUUUUGUUGUAACGCCUGAAGGAUGGUAACCGCUUUGUGAUAGGCAGCAGGACUGUUAUUGCUGCCCUGAAUAAAUCCCCUUAAAAUAGGAAAACACCACCUUUAUUUCAAUA